GAAGCAACCUUCGCUGAUCAUGACAAUUCAACUUGGCUUUCUAGUUUGGCUAUUACUGUGCGGCUGUAUCAAAAGACCGCUUCUUCAGCUCAUCCAAAUUGUCCUGCUGCACGCCAUAUGGCGCGUUCCCAGUCGAAAGUGAUCCGGGCUGCCUGGGUCGUGGACAACCCGAACCUGGUGGCCUCGCUGCCGUACCUCAACUUUCUUCGCUUCCUGAAGCGGAACUUCUUCCGCAGGACUAACUUGCGCCGCCUGCUCCAGGAGGGCCUCGUCCGUUGGAACGCACUCAGUGAUGCCAAGAAGAGGUUAUUCGAACCAGAACGAAUCUUGGCCCGUGUGGCUCGCAGGAGAAGGAAUAAACGACGCCGCCGAUUACUUCGCCGUAAUCGGCAUGGCCAAAAGGGACGUGGUGCAGUGCGUCGGCCCAUCUACGACAAGCGUCCUCCACCGAGACGCCGCAGGUGCAAGCAGAGAGUGAGAGUAGCCUCCAAUGAAAAUACGCAUAACUCAGGAGGAAAGAAAAGCAAUGCUCAAGGCAAAUAGUGAAAAAAGACUUCAAUUUAAAGUAUUUGUUGGAUUGUUAGAAGGUAGCAUUUUGAAAAUAAAUAUUUAUUUGUAUACAAAAGUA